GAGGUGUGAACCACUAGCCACUGGGCAAAACCACCAGAAAAUCCCAAAUACAUAGAACCGCCAAACAGAGAUGGGGCUUUUUACCCGGGCGCCCCAUUUGUAAAUUGUUAGGGCAAACAGUGGCCGCCACUAAUUAAUUUGCAUAAAUAAGCAGGUUGGGUGUGGGGCAGACCAAACAGUUUUCAGCAUCAUGUUGUGGCAGUCGGUCUACCUGCUCGUCUUGGCAUCCGCCGUGGUCAGUUCAACCCCGAUCCUCUCCAGCGGCGAUCAGGAGGAGAGCAACGGCAUACGCAAGCCGCGGCACAUUGGAGGCUUUGGCGGAGGCGGAAUCGUUGGCGGUGGCAUCAUUGGAGGCGGAGCUGUGGCAGCUGCCCCGGCUCCCAUUAUAGCAGCACCCAUACCCGUGGUGUCCACAGUUCCAGUGAUUACCACGGUUCCAGUCAUUUCCAGCGUGCAAACUAUACCCAGCUACGGUUAUGGCUAUGGAGGUGGCUACCCGGGAUAUGGAUAUCCUGGAGGAGGUGGUUUAGGAGGACUUGGUGGACUUGGAGGCAUCGGAGGCGGCGGUGGCUUCGUGGGCGGUGCUGUGGGUUUUGCCAAAUUCAAAGGCGGCUUCCUGGGCUGA